AUGCAAGUGCCGGUUCUCGGCUGCACUUUCCUCACGCUGUCAGGUCGUGAGGAAAGUACUGCCGAGAACCAGCAGUUGUCAGAGCGGGGAUCGGCACCGAUCAUCAGGGCACUGAUGAUCAGUGCCCUGAUGAUCGGUGCCCAGCAGUGCCACCUGCAAGCUCCGCCCACCUGUGCCCAGCAAUCACCCACCUGUGCCCAGCAGUGCACCCACCUGUGCCCAGCAGUGCACCCACCUGUGCCACUCUGCAGUGUCACACAGCUGUGCCCAGAAGUGCCACCCACCUGUGCCCAGCAGUGCCACCCACCUGUGCCCACCCACCUGUGCCCACCCACCAGUGCC